AUGUCCUCCAGCUCCGUCGCAUCAUUUUUCUCCGCCCUCGCAACUUCCGAGCCCUCCGCCCCCGAUCCAUCCGCAGGUGAUGCCGCGAGCUCGGGUGGGAGUGAUGCGGUUAAUAGUGAUGCGGGUGCAUCAGGAACUUCGAGUGGGAGUGUGCAGUUGUCGAAUGGAGUCAUGAUUGCUAUAAUUAUUGCUGUGAUUGGCGUAUGUCUUUUUGGAAUAAUCUCCGCAACCCUCUUCUACCUUGCUAAAAAGCGUUCCUGGGAGGUACGCAAGAAACUCCGAGCUUCAGCACGCAAAGUAGCGGUUGCCUUGACACCCAGAAGGACCACAUUUGGCAAGGAUGUGCAUAAGAGACCCAGUACUCGUGGGUUAGAGAGGAUUGACGAGGUACCGCCUGCACCAAAGAUAUCGAAGACAUUUAUGAGUGUGAAUGAUGUCGAGAAAGGGGAAGGAAAGAUGAUGGAAUUCGAGUUGUCGGAAGCGCCGAAGUCGAAAUGGGCGAGGAAGAUGAGGAGUGAGAGAUGA